AUGCCUUCCGCCCCUCAGCAGAACGGACCUACUCCAGUCCACAGCAAGGCUGUCCACCACAAGAGAACCAAAGGCGGCGACGACCCCAUCAACAAAUGCGAUGCCAUCUUCGCGGCAGCCAAGACCGGCAACCUCGAUGAGAUCAAAGGCCUGCUGUCGGAGAAACCGGACCGACUCAACAUUAAAUGCGCCGAAUGCCACGGGAUCACACCCAUCAUGGCGGCGGCGAUCGCGAACCAACAGCCGGCCGUGGAGCUGCUCUCCGCCCAGGGCGCGGACGUAACCAUCCGCGACAGCGACAGCUACACGAUCCUCAAGCUGACGCUGGACCAAGGCGAGACGCACUUCGGGGUGGCGAACUGGAUCGUGGCGCACCACCCGGAGCUGAUCGUGACGGAUCCGCGCCUCCCGCAGGGCAAGGAGUGGCUGCGGGCGCAGUUCGCCAUCAUGUCCGACAACAUCGAGGACGCGGCCAGCAAGCCGCCCCCGGAGGUCCUCGAGUACCUGGUCAAGGACUACCCGGACAAGCUGCCGGCCCACACGGGCCGCACGGUGUCCGCGGUCUACUGGGAGCAUAUCCUGCUACGCUACAUCGGCGACAUCCCGCUGGACAUCACGCGCAACUACUCGGUCGACCUCAAGAUGGCGUUCGUCGGCACCUUCGACCGCAUCCUGUACCACCACGAGGGGAUCCAGGAGUCGGCCCGCCUGCUGAACAGCGUGCUGCCCACCACCCAAUACAAUAUCAUCGGCCCCCAUGUCGUCCCUAAGCAGGGGUGGGUGACGGAGCGCUGGGAGUAUCAUGACAAGGUCCAUAACCUGCAAGUGUUGGAUGGCAUUGACACGUUUCUGAUCGAUGGGAAUGCGGGCAAGAUCGAGGUCAUGCUCAUCAACUACAAUGUCUACGAGAUGGAGUGGGUGGAGGAUCCGGAGAAAGGCAAGCCGGGGCCAGGCAAGGUCUGUCCAUCUGCGAAGGCUUGA